CCCAUUAACCAUGAAUUGUGGGACUGAGUAAUCAAUCACUUCUUCUGCAACCUUAUAACAAACAACACAAUGAGUGAAAAAGGCCUCAUAACCUCUUCCUCCAACACAACCUCCCAGAAAACACGGGCUUCAACCAUGUCGGGGAAAACAUUCUCGGCGCUAGGAAACCUCGUCAAGCUUCUCCCCACCGGCACCGUCUUCCUCUUCCAGUUCCUCAUUCCCGUCGUCACAAACAACGGACACUGCACCACUCUCAACAAGUACCUCACCGGAGCGCUCCUUGUCGUCUGUGCUUUCAACUGCGCCUUCGCUUCCUUCACCGACAGCUACACCGGCAGCGACGGUGAGCGCCACUACGGCGUCGUCACCGCCAAGGGGCUGUGGCCUUCGCCCGCCUCUGAUUCCCUCGACUUGUCUGUAUAUAAGCUCCGGUUCGGGGACUUCGUGCACGCUUUCUUCUCGUUGGUGGUGUUCGCUGUGCUGGGAUUGCUUGAUACCAACAGUGUGCGUUGUUUCUAUCCUGAAUUUGAGUCCGGUGAGAAGCUUCUGAUGCAGGUGUUGCCUCCGGUUAUUGGAGUAGUUGCUAGCUCCGUCUUUGUUAUUUUUCCAAAUAAUCGUCAUGGAAUCGGAUACCCUACCACUUCUGAUUCCAAUGAUACUUCUCAGAAGUCUAAGACCUGAUAUAUGUCCACAUCUCCACAUCUGCAUAAUAUAUGCACCUUCCAAUUUGUCAAAUUAUUCUUAAUGGUUAAAGAAUUGUUUUACCUAUUACAGUUAUGUAUAGUUUAUACAUGCUCUUUUGAAUUCUUUCUUUCUUAUAAAUAAAAUCUUUAUCUUUUAUUUUGUUUUA